AUGUGGGGCAAAGUGGGUGUCAGCGUGGGGCACAGAAAUAAAACUGCGGAGGCUGUGGGGGCUAGUGGGCGGAUGUGGGAGAAAACAGGCGAGUUGUGGAGGGCUAGUGGGCGGACCUGGGAUACCGUGGGGGUGUGGAAUCGAGCAGCGGAGGUGCUACCCGAUACGCCCGCGGAAGAUACGGGCGGUGUUUUGCGGCCGACAUCGUCGACGGCCGCGCUGGGAAAUUCACGAGACCAGACAGCACUGAAUUCCGGGAGUCGGAACCUCGAAAUCAGCGAUCUCGCUCCCAUUCACUGCAACUCACUAGCCAACCACGCAUCAUCGUCAGCAACAUUCUCUCGCCCCCGCUUGCGCCCCACUUUCGACGUUCCCCUCCCUGACAAAAGUGGGCGAUAG